AUGGUUCAAGUCGAAAGUGAAUUGGCCAACUACUUGAUUGACCUAGAAGAUGAGGACUGCCCCCAAUUUGGCCUUCAUGUAUCCGCAUAUCAAAGUGAUAUCCCUAGUUUACUUCAUCUCCUGAGUGUUCCCGAAGAAAAGGAGUCCAUCAACUCUCGAAUCCGACCAUUUUUUGCCACGCCUCUUCGUUUAGCAGCCACAGCGGGAUGCGAGGAGGCCAUCCAAAUUCUGCUCGAGCAUAGAGCGGAUGUGGAUCUGGUGGAUGUCAAAGCCCAAACGCCUCUCUUUGUCGCUCUUGUGAAUCAGCAUUGGGGAUGUGCUAGAUUACUCUUGGAAUCGGGUGCGAAUCCCAACGGCAAUGAUCGGAAUAUGUGCACGCCAUUGUCAGUGAUGGCCCAAAGAGGCUACUACGAGGGCGUCAAGUUAUUGUGUCGUUUUGGUGCAGACACAGAGGAUGUGUAUCGUUUGAUGACGGGAAUGCCCGGACUUCCCGUUGCCAUCGCUGCCACUUAUCAUCACCUUAAAUGUUUCGCCACCCUGCUUCUGUUUGGUGCCAAACCUGGUUUAAACCUCGUCGAGGAUCUCCAUCUUCCACUGCAGGUCACCACACAAUGCUCUGUUCCACACGCCAUUAUAAGGCAUCGGUGUCCACCGGAAUUUGUGUAUCUGUAUCGCGAGUUUGGAGGUAAUCUUUGGAUUCGGGACAGUCGUCAGCAAUUAGCCACGGAGAUCACCAACUCCAAUUCCACCACACUCACUCUCAUGCGGGAGUUGCAAGAACAACCACUUUCACUCCAGUCCUGUUGCCGAUUGGUCAUUCGAAAUCACUGCCAAAAGCUGGAUGAUGGUAACCGGAUUUGCCAUUUGGCCGCUGCCAAUGAGAUGAAAGGACUCCUUACGACACCAUUAGUUGAUUUCUUGCUAUUUCGAUCAUUGGUGCUCUCGGUCGAGCAGGUUCCAGUUAUGGGAGAAAUUCCCACUUUGGUGGGACGAACAGAAGCUAUCUUAUGUCAAAUAGUAGACGAUAUGGCCCGAGAAACCCCUCUCAUAGUUCGGAGAAGACCCAGAGAGCAGCCAGUUAUAAACCAAAGUCCAGCUUUCACCAUAGAACCUGAACCAAAGCACCAACCUGAACCUCUGGAUAGGGCAGCUUUUGGUGCGCCACCUCCUCCGCCCCCUCCUCCACCCCCGCCUAUUGCUCCUCGACCGGGAUUUUGGCGGUUCCCUGAGGCUGAACUGGCCACAGAUCAUCGAGUCUGGAGACGACCGGAUCAUUCAUAGAUAUCUUAUAGUAAUCGAUGAAACCCAAGUGAGCCAUUUUCUCAUUUUGCAAGCCCAUGUUGCCUAUUCUUUAUCAUGAGGUUUAAUUCGUUUAUUUAUACUGUUAUGGCACUAAAUUUGCUAAUAAAAGGGUUUGCACCCUAAA